AUGAUGAAGGAUGCUGUUGAUUUGUAUGACUAUAUGGACUGUUUGAAUAAGCCACCUGCUCAAGAUCGCAUGUAUCUUUUACGGAAAAUCGUGGUUGGCGAAAACCAGAUAUGGAUUUAUUUGCUAGGUUAUGUGGGUUUUCACAGACAGGGGAAUGUCUUGACCAGGACUAUUUUUGAUGGGGUUCUUAAGUCAUUGACAGGGACUGGUAAAUUGGGGGAGUGCGAUAAGAUCUUGAAGGCGAUGGAAGAUGGUGGGUUUGUGGCCAAUAGUGCUGUGUAUGGUCAGGUUGUUCUUGGGCUUUGUAAGGUUGGGAAAUUGGAUGAAGCAUUUGAGUUCUUGGAGGAGAGAGAAGCAGCGGGACAUAAUCCUGAUUUGAAGGCGUGGGCAUCUUUGAUUCAAGAGUGUUGUGUAGCUAGAGAAAUAGAUAAGGCGGCCUCUCGUUUUAGAAAGAUGGUUGAAAGGAAGGGUGCGAUGGAUGCAGGUGGUGCUUUUGAAGUGUUGGUGAAGGGGUUCUGUCUCAAAAAUAGGGAGGUAGAUGCGUGCCAGCUUCUUAUUGAAAUGGUUAACAUAAACCAGUUGCGGCCUUGGCAUGUUACCUACAAGACGUUGGCGGAGAAGUUAUUGGCCCAAAAGAGCCUUAGGGCCCAUUUGGGAGCUUGGAUUUGGAAUGCAUUGGAAUCCAAAUCACAAUUACAUUGGAAUCAAUGUGAUUUUGAAUCCUUAUCUGUGUUUGGUUGAAAUGCAUUGGAAUCCAAAUCUUUUGUUUGGGAUCUUGUA